CGUCGUCGAAGCGCUUUGUUCUCUCGCUCUCAUCGAGCUCUCUCUCGAAGUGUUCGGAAACCCUAGAGUUUGAUCGAUCGAGCGAGCUGGCGAGAAUGGAGGAAGGCUCGAAUUGGGGUGGCUUCGCUUCCGAUGAAGCCCUAGGGAUCUUCACCACACGCCUCAAACCCUUCUCCAUUGAUCUCUUCGACUUCAUCCAGAACCCCAAGAAGGACGCCUCCUUCCUUACCGAAAUGGUUUCUUUCCUUCGCCGCGCUCCCGAAGAAGCUCUACAGCCUUUUCUUGACUUGACUAUGCUGCCGCUUUUGAUGCUUAUGGACGUGGCGGUGAAGUGUCGAUCGGAGAAGAAGGUUAAUUUGGGCGAUUCGGUGGGAGGUCUCCUGGUCAGUGAUUUUGUAGCGGAAAAGAUACUGCUCUGCGUUGAGGAAAUCUUGAAGAAAUGCCAUUUAGGUUCUGUUGAUCAGAUGGUUGUUGUGCUGAAGAAAUUAACAUCAGGGGCUUUGCUUUCUCCAUCUGAGGCAGCUGAGGAAUUUCGGGAAGGAAUUAUUAGAUGCUUGAGGGCAAUGCUUCUCAGGCUAGCGCCAUGUUCUGCUGCUUCUUGUACUUGCAAGCAAGUUUCUAGCGUGGCUCCCAUUUCCAUUGAAACCUUACAAUCCCACCAGCGUUUGAAGCACUAUCAAGGUGACGAAUGUUUGAUUGCGUUUCUCCAGUCUCAAGAUGCUUCUGCUGCAGUUGGACACUUGCUCUCAAUUCUCCUCCAAACUGCACAUGUUGAGGCUGCAAGAGGACAUCUUGGCAGUGGAAGACUAAGGAAGGAAGCAUUUUUGACUCUCCGUGUGCUUGUUGCAAAGGUUGGUACUGCUGAUGCUCUUGCCUUUUUUUUGCCUGGCAUUGUUAGUCGGUUCUCGAAAACUUUGUUUGUAUCAAAGAGCAUGAUUACUGGUGCAGCUGGAAACACUGGGAGCCUUGAACAUGCAGUGCGUGGCUUGACUGAGUUCCUUGUGAUAGUUUUAAGUGAUGAUGCUAACACUUCUGGCCUUGAGGCCUCUUACGGUGACGUUAGUAGCUUUUCUCCAAACAAUAGAAGAACUAGCCAAGCUAUUCUUGAUGCCCUCCGCCAAUUACCUUCAAGCUCUCUAACUCAUUCAGAGAAUGUGGUCGAAACGUCUUCAAUUCAAUCAACAGCAGUCUGUUCUUCAAAUGAUGAGGCUCAUGCUGAAACCAAUGAUUAUGGUCCAAGGUCUUUGUACGUGAAACGGUCAAAAGAAUGGCUCGAAAAAACUUCCGUGAAUGUUGAUAAAAUGUUGUCUGCUACAUUUCCUCAUCUCUGUGCCCAUCCCUCCAUAAAGAUCAGGAAAGGACUGGUGGAUGGUAUAGCUGCAUUGUUGUCUAAUUGCAGUUACACUUUACAGAGAAGCAAGUUGAUGCUCUUGGAGUGUCUAUGUGUUCUAGUUAUUGAUGAUUCGGAUGUUGUCUCUGAUGCUGCCCUGCACUCCCUUGAAUCUCUUUUCAUGUCGGUAAAGAAAAGUUUUGAUGAAAAUGAGAUUUCUGAAAUAUUUACCAGGCUUAUUGAGAGACUUCCAAUAGUAGUCCUUGGAAGUGAUGAGACAGUUGCAGUCUCCCAUGCUCGGAGAUUACUUGCAUUAAUGUACCACACUGGUCCAGAAGUUGUGGUUGACCAGCUGCUUUGUUUGCAUGCAAAAGCUGUUCAGUUCUUUGAUUCUUUUGCUUUAGGCCUGGGCCAUAAUUCACAGUAUACUGGAUCUGUGAAUAAUGUUAUCUUAUCUAAGCCACUUUCGGUUGGAUACUUGCUUUCUAUCUCUGAGUUAAAAGCUGGCUCUGUCGUUGGGUAUUCAAAUAAUGGUGCUGCUUAUGGCACCACAUCUGCUGCAUCUAAAAUAUCUGUUCUACAUGAUGAGGGUUCAGAAAAGUCUGCUGAUAGUGCAAAUGGUGGUUUUGAGUUUCCCCACAUGCCACCUUGGUUUGUUCAUGUUGGCGGCCAGAAGUUGUACCAUGCUCUUGCCGGAAUACUUCGACUUGUUGGUCUGUCUGUAAUGGCAGAUCACAGAAGCAAAAUAUCAUUGUCAAGUGUGAUUGAUAUUCCACUAAAUUAUAUCCAGAAGUUGAUUUCGGAACUUCGAAUGAAGGAAUACAGUAAAGUUGGGUGGCAGACAUGGUACUCUCGAAGUUCUUCAGGGCAGUUACUCCGUCAGACAAGCACUGGAGUGUGUAUUCUUAAUGAAAUGAUAUAUGGGUUAUCUGAUCAGUCGGCUAAUUUCUAUAAGAGACUUUUUAGGAAAAUUGGGACGAAGGAAGAAGAUGCGCUAGCAAAAGAGUGGGCUUUUAGAUCAAUUUGGAGGCUUCGCCAGGAGAAGGAUGCUAGAGACCAUAUAGUCUACUGUCUUGGCAGCAUUAUGCAUGAAUAUCUAUCGUCUGAAGUGUGGGGCCUUCCAAUCGAUCAAGAUUCACAUCUCCUAGAGCAUGAAGGAGAAGGAAAUCUUUCAUUGCAUUUUUUCCGCGAUGUUACAAUGCUUCACCAGGUUAUCAUAGAAGGAAUUGCCAUCUUCAGUAUAAUUCUUGGGAGGGAUUUUGUACAUUGUGGCUUUAUGCAUUCUUGCCUUUACUUGUUACUUCAAAACCUCAUCUCUUCAAACAAUCAAAUAAGAAGCGCAUCUGAUGCUGCUCUUCGUGUGGUUUCUGCAGCAACUGGCCAUUCUACAGUAGGGCAUUUAGUUGUGGCGAAUGCAGACUAUAUCAUUGACUCUCUUUGUCAACAGCUGCGCCAUCUGGAUCUCAACCCCCAUGUUCCUGAUGUGCUUGCUGCAAUGCUUUCUUACAUUGGAGCUGCUCAUGAUAUAUUGCCGUUAUUAGAGGAACCGAUGAGAGGCGUCUCUUUGGAGCUGGAGGUCCUUGGUCGGCAUCAACACCCAAAUUUAACUGUUCCAUUUUUGAAGGCAAUGAGAGAAAUCACAAGGGCGUCUUGGCAUGAGGCUUCCAAGUUGCCGAGUGAGGCCAUGUCAUUUCAUGAACUUGUCUAUCUUAAGGUCUGCAGUGUUGAAAAUAAAGAUAGAGAAAGCAUAGAUAUCAGUGAUGCUGACCUUUCAUUUGAGGAGUGCGAAGACAUGCUAUUAAAAUUGAAUGAGAUGAAAAGGUACAGAAGAAUAGUUGGAUCCAUCGUUGGAUCAUGCUUAAAUGCUGCUGUCCCUCUAUUAGGGUCAAUGACAGAAUCUGAGUGUCUAUUGGCCCUGGACAUAGUAGAGGAUGUGGCCUCUUCUCUUGCCAAAGUAGAAGAAGCUUAUAAGCACGAGAAGGAGACUAAAGUAGCAAUUGAAAAAGUCAUUCAAAUAUAUGCAUCAAAUGGCCAGGAAGACACUGUGGAUGUUGAUGAUGAUGCUGAUGAGAAUAGAUUACUUCCAGCAAUGAAUAAAAUCUGGCCUUACCUGAUUCUUUGCAUUAAGAAUAAAGUUUCUGUGGCUGUUAUUAGGAGGUGCACGAACGUGAUUAGCAGAUCAAUCCAAACAAGUGGUGGUGACUUUUUUGUUCGGCGCUUCCACAAUGAUGGACAUGUGAUAUGGAAUUUGUUGGCUCCAUCACCAUUACCCUUGCGAAUGAAAAACACAUCGUCCCUAGACAAGAGACCAAUACUGCUUCCUUACAGAAGCACUUCUCAAACUUCAGAAGAUCCAAUUGCUGAGGCAUCCAGCCUAAAAAUCCAAGCAGCAGUCCUUAUUAUGAUCGCCGAGAUAUCUGGCAAUAAAAGGAGUGCUUCAGCAUUAGAAGCUGUGCUCAAGAAGCUCAGUGGUCUUGUUGUCGGGGUUUCUUUCAGCAGUGCAAAGGGUCUCCAAGAAGCUUCACUGAAGGCUCUCUCAGGACUUGCAAGCAUGGACCCUGACCUCAUUUGGCUACUCCUGGCUGAUGUAUACUAUCCAAUGAAGAAACGGGACAUCCCUUCACCUUCCGACUUGGAAUUAUCUUCCAUGUCUGAGCUCUUACCCCGGCCGGUUUCAUCCAAGGAGUUCUUAUAUGUGCAGUAUGGGGGUGAAGCCUGCUUUGAUGUAGACCCCUCAUCAGUGGACAUAGUAUUUCAAAAGAUGCAAUCUCAAGUUCUUUCUUGAGUCUUGACUACUAAAUAUAUUGUUCAUAUUUGGAAGUAUGAAAUAGUAUGAAAUGUACUAGUAGUGGAUGUAUUUUUUUAAUGUAUUAUUAUAUGUAUAUAUGUAUAUUUAUGUUUUGCAUUUCCAACUUUGAAAUAGAGUCAAAUUAUUCCUCAUGACUGAUUAUGAGAUUUUGACUUUUGACCAUUGUACCCUUGCAGGGCAAUAAGUUGAUCGGGACCAUACACCGAGUGCAUAAGGUCAUCGACUCAUCGACAAAAGUUUCAUUAAUAUAGGUUAGACCUCUUAACAAUUAUUGGGACUUGCUUUCUUCUAUACUUGAAUAAGUCUCUUCUAUAAAAAAGAUUUCCGAAGUCUUAUGCUUGAAUGGUGUUUAUCUAUUUCA